UCUCAUUUUCAUAUAUUCACUCCAAAAAGAGACAUUGAGCAUUUAUUUUAUUGCAGAAAGCAUUUCUACUCACUGAAUGUGCAAAUGAUAUGUGACAGUGAAUGCCGAAUUAUUAGUGUUAAUGCAAAAUAUGGAGGUGCUACCCACGACGCAUUUAUUUGGGAAAAUAGUCAAGCCAACAUAAAUAAAAAUAAUGAACAAGUUUGGUUUUUAGGUGAUUCUGGAUAUCCACAGAGGCCUUGGAUGAUGACACCAAUCCCAGAUGCUGCUGAAGGUGCGCCAGAGGCAAAAUAUAAUACCAUCCAUGGGAAAGCCAGAGUUGUAAUAGAAAAUACAUUUGGUAGACUUAAAAAUAGGUGGAGAUGCCUUUGUAAGGACCGGACAUUACACUACACCCCCGAAAGAUGUGCAACUAUAAUUAUGGCAUGUAGCGUUCUACACAACUUAGCGAUAGAUUUUAUGUUGCCCGAUCCUGAAGAAGAUGUCAUAAAUUCUUUAGAAUUAGGAAUAUCAGCAGUUUCUUCAGAAGAACCUCUUCGCGACCAUGGUUCUAGAGAUGAUUUGAUUCGCGGUAGAACACUAAGACAAAUAUUAGUGGAUAGAAUCAAUAGACUACACAUUGUUAAUAAUUAAUUUAAUUUUCCAUUUUUUUUCUAGGUUUUGUGUUACCAUGUGUCAUAAGAGAAUAAUUGUAUGAGAACUCUGUCUGUAUUUUUUUUCUUUAUUUGUAAUUUUAAACUCAUUCCACAGAGUGUUAGGUCUUAGCUAAUUGUUUUUUAUUUGUAUUUUCGUGUUGUUACUUUUAAGCUCUAUAUUGUAUUUUAUAGAACGGUGUUGUCGCUAAGAGACUGUACAUGUGCUGUUAUUUUAAUUUUAAUUUUUGACGGUCAUAAAGAGCUGUUUUGCAGCCAAGUUUUAGUAAAUGGUUUUUGAAUGUAGAAAUGGUUUUUCUUUUGUGAUAA